AUGUGUCCGAAUUAUUAUCUCAAUAAUCUGUAUACAGGUCUACAGAAUUGCAGACUUUGGGAUUGUCUGCACAGAAGGACUCCUCAAAACCAACCCAAAGAGGAUGACGACGACCACGAAAUCUUACGCUUUUGGGUCCCACAGAGAAGCUUCUCAACCCAAUCAGUUCAAUCGCUUUCUCCAAGUUUCAAGAAUUUGAAGAGAGAUUCGCUGACAUCUGCGUCGACCAUCGCUGAAGAUGACGGUCCCAUCGGUUUACCACAAUUCACACAAAGAAGACAUUCAGAUAUAUCGCGAGCAAUGGUCGGAAAGAGUCACGAAUGGCCCCAAAGAAUCAUCAAAUUCUCGAGUACUGACUACUUCUUAGAGCGGACUAACUCUGUGUCCAGUAUUAAGCUAUCGCUCUAUAAGGAAGUCCUCAAUAAUGCCAUAUGUGAAAGAAGUUCGAUCACAGAAGAGGGAGAAAUGAGUUGUCAACCAAAGUGUAUGACCGAUAAGAGUGAGAAUUCAUCGGUUGACGAAACACUCACUUUCGGGACGCUAUCCUUCUCUACAAACUAUGAUCAAAAGAAAAAGAGGCUUAACAUACAUUUGGAUAAAGCGUGUGAUUUGCCGCAUAGGGGGCGGCGGAAGACAUACGACACGAUUAUAAAACUGAAUUUAAUGGACAAACAAAAUGAGGCAAAUCUGCGGAACAGCUUUACGGCAAAGGAUGCCGUUUCUGUGCAAUCGUCCCGAAAAGUGAAGAACAUAACGUGGUCAUCAUUUGAAUCCUAUGGCAAAAGUAGUUCUCUUACCCGAAAAGAAUCCAACAUUUCCAUAAGAGAAACUCUAAGCGACAGAGUAUUAAAAAUCAAAGUUUAUAAUUCGGACUCUUUCUCAAGAAAACAUGUCAUCGGAAGGACUUUAUUCCCGUUAAAAAUGGCUGAUAUUCACAGCGAUAUCAGUAAAGAUGUUAUGACUGAAGACAUCACUUGUUUUCUCAUAAAUAGCCGACCCUCGGGUGAAAUCCUACUUUCUCUCGGAUACGACACGAGUUGUUCGAGUUUUACUUUGGGUACUCUUAAAGUGAGGAAUAUAUACGACAAAGAGAUUGAAACAAUUUAUAUGAAAAUCGUUUUGUAUGUCAAAAGAAAGCGCAUAAGAAGUCGUAAAACAACUCUCCGAAAGGUUGUCUCCGAAAUUGAUUUCAACGAUACAUUUCAAGUGAAUGUAGCGAAAGAGGCACUCAAUGAUUUAGUCAUAAGUAUCGCUGUCUACGGAAAAUCGCAUACAUUUGUGAAUAAGCAUCUGUUGGGACGAACACAUAUCGGACAGUCGUGUCCAUCACCGCAGGGCAGAGAUCACUGGUCAGAAAUGUGCUCUGAUUUUACUAAUCCUGUUAAUCAAUGGCAUAUAUUUUCAUAA